UAUAUAAAAUCCACCGCUCGAGCUUUAACGUUCGCGUCUUCGUCUCCUUCUUCCUUUGCUUCCUCUCUGAGUUGAACUCGUUCCGUUCGACUGAGCCAGCUCCUGCGGAGGACCAGCUUCAAGAAAUAUCGCUAUUGGAUAAUAACUAUUGCCUCUUCAUUGGACUAAAGGAGUGUUAGUUAAUAAAUGGCUGGUUCCAAGAGACAUUGCUCGGAUCAACGGUGAGUAAAACUCUGUUACACCGGUGAUCAAUACUCGAGAUGUUUAGAACAGGUAGAUGGAGGAACGAGAAGAACAGGAUCAAAGUCGUAUUCAGGCUAAAGUUUCACGCUACUCAGGCGUCUGAGUUGAAUACAGAGGGAUUGAUUCUCUCUCUUGUUCCCGGAGAUGUGGGGAAACCGACGGCGAGGUCAGAGAAAGCGGUGGUUAGAGACGGGCAAUGCCGGUGGGAAAUUCCGGUUUACGAGACUGUGAAGUUUCUGAAAGAUGCGAAAACCGGGAAGGUUAACCAGAGGAUUUACCAUCUCAUUGUGUCAACGACGGGAUCUACAAGAGGUGGUUUGGUUGGAGAAACAUCAAUUGAUUUUGCUGAUUAUGCUGACGCAAUUAAAACUUGUAACGUUUGUCUUCCACUACACAACACAACUUCAAAAGCUUUGUUGCAUGUAUCAAUACAAAGGCAAUUAGAAUUUGAUGAUCCUCAAAGAGAGGAGGAUGAAUGCAAUAAUCUUGAAAAAAUGUCACAUGGUAAAGAUUUGAAGUCACAUUUGAGCCUCGGUGAUGCAGAUGAACCUCGUGCAAGCGGUUCGCAUGAGGAAGGGCCUUUUGGUAAAGCUGCACGGUUUGCUGAGCUGAGAAGAAGAGCAUCAACUGAAUCUGAUAGUACAAUGUCAAGCUCUGGAAGUGUCAUUGAGCCAACUACUCCUGAAGAGGUCGCCAAGUCUUUGAGACACCCUCCUAAGCAACUUCACUCAUCUAAAGCUUUGUUUGAAGAGCCUCGUGUGUCCGAAUCCGAGUGGUCUGGAAGUUCUGAUCGUGGAAUCACCACCGAUGACUCCACCAAUGACAAAAUGUCUAAAAACUCCUCGGAGGAUGGGGAUGAGAUAGAGAAGCUUAAAAACGAGGUUGCUUGUUUGACAAGGCAAGCAGAUCUUUCUGACCUAGAGCUGCAAAGCCUGAGGAAACAAGUCGUUAAAGAGACCAAAAGGAGUCAAGAUCUCUUGAAAGAAGUGAAUAGCUUGAAGCAGGAGAGAGACUCUUUGAAGGAAGAUUGCGAGAGGCAUAAAGUCGCAGACAAGACUAAAACGAGGAACAGGUUGCAGUUUGAAGGAAGGGAUCCAUGGAUUCUCUUGGAGGAAACGAGAGAGGAGCUUGACUACGAGAAGGAUCGUAACUUCAAUCUCCGGUUACAGCUCCAGAAGACUCAGGAAUCUAACUCUGAGUUGAUCCUUGCUGUUCAAGAUCUUGAAGCUAUGCUUGAGGAAAGAAGCAAAGAAGGACCAAGAACCAGUGAUACAGAUGAAGAUGAGGAUCAAAAGGCACUUGAGGAACUCGUGAAGGGACACAUGGAUGGGAAUAACACACACGUCUUGGAGCAGAAGAUCACAGAGCUCUACAACGAGAUUGAGGUUUAUAAACGAGACAAAGAGGAGCUUGAGAUACAGAUGGAACAGCUAGCUUUGGACUAUGAGAUACUGAAACAGGAGAAUCAUGAUGUCUCAUACAAGCUAGAGCAGAGCCAACUGCAAGACCAGUUGAAGAUGCAAUACGAAUGUUCAUCAGAGCUUGAGAACCAAGUGGAGACACUUGAAGCUGAGCUCAAGAAGAGAUCGGAAGAGUCUUUGUCCCGGAUCAAAGAGCUUGAAGCACAAAUGGAGAUCUUGGAAGAAGAGAUGGAGAGACAGGCUGAGGUGUUCGAGGCGGACAUCGAUGCAGUCACGAGAGGUAAAGUGGAGCAAGAGCAAAGAGCGAUACAAGCGGAAGAAGACCUGAGGAAGACGAGGCGGAGAAACGCUAGCGUAGCUGAGAAGCUACAGGAGGAGUUCAAGAGACUCUCCGAGCAGAUGGAUUCAAUGUUUGCAUCAAGUGAGAAAAUGGCUAUGAAAGCUAUGACAGAAGCUAAUGAGUUAAGGAUGCAGAAACGUGAAGCUGAAGAAAUGCUCAAGAAGGCUAAUGAUGAGUACGAGGCAAAGCUCAAGGAGCUUUCUGAAAAGCUGAGUCAGAUGGAGAGGCAUGAAGAAGAAGUUACUUCAAAUCUAAACCAAGAGAUCAAAUUCUUGAAGGAUGAGAUUGAGAAUCUGCAAAAGGACAAACAUAGCCUCAUGUUACAAGAAGAGAGCCUAAGAGGUGAGCUGGAAGAGACGGAAAGGAAUAAAAACGAGCUAGAGAGCAGGAUUGAGUCAAUGAGGGAGGAAUCAGAGUCUCUAGCAGAGGAGUUGCAAGCGGUGAAGCGUAUCAAGGAUGAAAAAGAAGCAGCAAUUACACACUUACAGACAGAACUAGAAACCGUGAGAGCCAAGUUUGAUGACCUAAAUCAUUUAUUCUCAGAGAAUGAUUCGGAGAUGGAGAAGCACAAGAAGCAAGUAACACAAGUGAAAGGUGAGAUGAAGAAGAAAGAAGAAGCAAUAGCUAACCUUGAGAAGAAGCUCAAGGAAAGCAGAAUCGCGUUUAACAACUUAACCAAAACCGCGCAAAGAAACAACAACAAAGGAAGUACAGUAGGAGCUAAAGAAGUUGCUGUUAUGAAAGAUAAAAUAAAACUUCUCGAGGGGCAAAUAAAACUGAAGGAGACUGCUCUUGAAGCUUCAUCAAACAUGUUCAUCGAAAAGGAGAAGAAUCUGAAGAACAGAAUCGAGGAGCUGGAAACUAGUCUCGACCAGAACAGCCUAGAGGUUAUUAAUAAAGAUAACCAUGAAAAGGAAGAAGUCCGAGUUCUGGAAGCGGAGAUGGCGUUAUUGAGAGAAUGUAAUGAAACGAUGGAGAUGGAGCUGAAGGAGAUGCAAGAGAGAUACUCAGAGCUAAGUCUGAGAUUUGCAGAAGUGGAAGGCGAGAGACAACAGCUUGUUAUGACAGUACGUAAUCUCAAAAACGCCAAGAGGAGCUAAACCGGUAUAUAUCAGAACCGGUUUUCAGGUUUAUAAAAAAAAAAGGAAGUAUAUGUAAUCACUUUGUUUCUUGUUUAUGUAAUUACACUUUGUUUAUGUUUUCUAAGUAAUUUGCAUAAGUUUCAGCUCUCUAGUCGUUUUGAUUACUUGUACGAUACAAAAGCUGUUGUAUCCCAACGCUCAAAAGUGUUCCCAAUUCUGGAUCGGAAUACUCGGACCGGUUCCUGGUUA